AACUGAUUUUAUUGAGCAGCUGCUAAACCAGAUAAAUAUCUAAUAUCAGAGUGAAAACAAGAUAUUAUAAUGGAGAUCCCCUCCAGCAGUAACGCCAAUUGCUUUGAUUAUCUGCAGUCGCAUCACGCCUCCUCCAGCACUAGCACUAGUUGCUUUGAUCUUGCUUUAGAUUUUCUAGCCGAGCGCCGGGUCUUCAAGGACGUGGAGAAGAGGGUAAGAUUAAUGAAAACCUGUUUUCUGUAUGUCAAAAAGUGUAGGAGGAGGAGGAACCACGAAGCGCUUUUGGAGCAUGAUCGCGAGGACAGGUGUAAUAUUAUGUCUGAACUUCAAGAUGUGGCUAUCAGGAUGAUUCAAGAACUUCAGCCUAUUUAUUUUGAAUUUAUUUGUACUGAUUAUCUCUUAGAUUUUGACAUCAUUGAAAGGACGGCUACCAGAUCCAAGGAAAAGAUGAAAAUGCUUCUUGAGACAGAUCUCAAGAAAUCAUGCGCCGCCAUCUUCAUCGACUAUUACUCACCAGGAGAUCCACGACUAGUUAUGGAUCUUAUUAUGUGCCUUAUAGAGAAUCUGAAUUGCGUUUUACGUGCUGGGGAGCUAAGAGAUACACUCAGAAAUAGGCUAAAACUCUUAAGGAAUCUCAUUGGCUUUGUGACAAUGCAAGGUCUUGAAUGUUCGCAACUGACAGAUCUCUUGACUUACACUGUAGUUGCAGCUGGAAGCCUGAUUUCUAUAUGUCUGUCUGACUAUGAUGAUGAACAAGCGGUCAAUCGAAUGGAAUCUGAAAUUUAUCAGCUGAUACACGAGAAGAUCAAUCUUCAUGAUCUCCAAGUUCGAGAAACUUUUGUCCAUGUCCUGACAGCUUCAAAGAAACAACCGAGAUCAUCAUAUGAUUUAGCCCUUCAGAAGAAUGACGAUCCAGUGGUAGGCCAGUUUAUUGGUUCUCUCUGCUAUUAUCUUAUAGAUCUACUAGGAUCUUAUGCCAGUUUUCAGGUUCCAGUGAAGGAUCAAAUACUGAAACUCCAUGAGGGAUUAAGAUACCUGGAUAUCCUUCUUAAACAGGAGGAGAAACUAGGUGAUGAAAUAAAGGAUCUUAUUGGAGUUGCGGUCUCUGAUGUAGGAAUUUUGACCUUCUCCCUUUCUGUCAAUGAAAUCAAAGAAGGCUUGCCUGAGGAAACAGAUCUUGGGGUGUUUCAUUUGCACAAAGUUCUCAAAUAUAUGGUGGCAGAGGUUGCACAAAAUUAUCCACUAAAAUCACCAUAUUCAUCAUUUAAUUAUCCUAGACCCAAUGAGUUGGGCUGUAUGGAUUCUUUCCUAGAAAAUCUCAAGGAACUAGCAAGGUGUGAUGAGGCUGAUGAUUCAAUUGGUUUUCAACAUCAUAGAAUCCAAGUGAUCCAAAACGAUCUCGUAUUCUUAAGAUCUUUCCUGGAAAAUAUCAAGGAGCAGCGCUAUCAGAAUGGAAAACUUCAAGCUUUCUGGAGUCAUGUUAUGGAGGCUGCAUACAAGGCAGAGUUACUGAUUGACUUGGCACUUGUUGGUGAUAAAUGUGAAGAUUCUUUGGAUGCUGUUUCUAGAGAUAUCAAUCUUUUGAAGAUUGAGGCCCCUGAGAUCCAUAAUGCUCAAACCCAAAGAGUUAACAAGACUUCCCUUCACAUACCGUCACAACUUGCUGCCGCCAUGCACGACGAAGAUCUGGUAGGUCUUGACGACGAGGUGGAAAUUAUUACUCAUCGGCUUACGAGAGGAUCCAAGCAAUUGGAUAUUGUUCCCAUUGUGGGUAUGCCAGGCCUUGGUAAGACCACAUUAGCCCACAAAGUUUAUAAUGCUCCUUCAGUUAGGUCACAUUUCCAUGUUCAUGGUUGGUGUCGUGUUUCUCAAACGUGUAGCAAACACAGUUUGUUAGUUCAACUUUUGUGUAGUGUUGAUUCUAGGAGUCCAGAUGAAUAUCUUAAGGAGGAUGAAAAUAAUUUGGCUAACAAGCUAAGGCAGGUUUUGCUGAGAAGUAGGUAUCUCCUUUUUUUGGAUGACUUGUGGGACGUUGAGGCAUGGAAUUUGUUGGAAAAAUCACUACCGAAUGAUGCCAAUGGAAGCAGGAUUCUCUUCACCAGUAGAUACCAGAAUUUAUCUUUGCAUUUCAAACCUAAUAGCGAGCCUCACCAUCUCCGCCAUCUUACUGGCGAAGAGAGUUGGACAUUGCUGCAGAGAAAGCUAUUUGGCAUGGAAGAUUGUCCUCCCGCGCUAAGUGAAGUUGGAUCUCAAAUAUCAAAACUUUGUCACGGCUUACCCCUCGCAGUUGUCCUUAUUGCUGGAAUUCUUGCUACUACUGCACAAGAUAGUUGGGAAGAAGUUGCAAAAAGUCUAAGUUCUAUCGUCCUUGAGGAUGAAUACUGCAUGAAGGCACUUGAGCUGAGUUAUAGUCAUUUACCAGAUUAUUUGAAGCCAUGCCUUCUGUAUUUUGCUGCAUUUCAAGAAGAUGAGGUUAUUAAUGUGCGAAGGUUGUUACGGCUUUGGAUCUCUGAAAGAUUUGUGCAACAAACUGAAGGAAAGAGCUUAAAGGAAGCAGCUUAUGACUACUUGACGACUCUAAUUAAUAGAAGUUUAGUUAUGGCUGUCAGACAGAGAAAUGUGGGUGGUGCCAAAUACUGUCUACUUCACGAUUUGGUACACGAGUUUUGUGUGAAAAAAGCCAAAGAAGAAAGUUUUCUAUAUGCUAUUCAUAGUUGGAACCCUCUUUGUCUUACUGGACCAAGCAACCCCCACCGAGUUUGUGUUUCCAAUGCCAGGGAAUUGAAGAUUUGGGAGUUAACGCUUAUUUUUCCCAAUUUACGCUCUUUGAUCUUGUUUGGACAAGAUGAUUUUAAACAUGAAGAGGAGGAUUUGCGUAUUUUGUUACCUAAACUUCUCAGAGUGUUGGAUAUUAGGAAUUUGGACUUUCGUUAUUCUUUUCCAAUGGAAGUAGUAUUGCUUGUUCACUUGAGAUACCUGGCGCUCAAACGAAUACCAUACAUCCCAUCUGCGAUAGCCAAUCUCUCAAGGUUAGAAACUCUCAUCGUAGAAGAUCCGUUUGGUACUGAGCUGCCAAGUACUAUUUGGAACAUUAAGACAUUGAGUCAUCUACGUGUUUUAAAUUAUCAUGGAGUAUGGCCAAUGGGUUUUAUUUUUCCACUUGGAAAUCUUGAAGGAUCCCCAGAUUUAGAUCAUUUAGACACUUUACACCUUGCAAUUGAUCCCUCCCCUCAAAGCUUGCAAAAGAUACUGAGAAAGUUACCAAGCGUUCGCAGGUUAAAAUGUAUGGAACGCUGGAACAGCUCAAGAGAAGCUACCAGAAAUUGCAACGAGAUUCUUGAAUUUGACGGUUUGAAUCAACUGGAAUCGCUUCAUUUGUUUCGUUUUCAUGGAUGUGGAUUUAAAUUCCCGUUGAAUUUGAAAAAGUUGGUUCUCUCACAUAAUCGUCAGCCAUGGAGUGAAAUUUCAACAAUUGGAAAGUUGCCCAAUCUUGAAGUGCUUAAAUUACUUGAGGACUGCUUUGUUGGGGAAGAAUGGGUAAUGAAAGAAGGGGAGUUCCCUAAACUCCGAGUCUUAAAAUUGUCAGAGUUGGAAUUUCGCAACUGGACUGCAUUUUCUGAUAAUUUUUCCCGCCUUGAGAAAUUGGUCUUGCACUCGUGUGAGGAGCUGGAAAAGGUCCCUUCCUGUUUAGGGGAGUGUGAGACUCUUGAAAUGAUUCAGGUGAAAGGGUGUCGUGAGUCUGUUGUAGAUUCUGUAAAGCAAAUUCAACAAGAGCAGAUAGAUAUGGGAAAUGAGGUUCUAAAGAUCGAAAUUGAUGAGUAUGAUACAUCCAUUUCCUCAGAAGAAUAGUCUACAGAAGCAGAGUCAACUCCCUCAGAAGCAGAGGAGAUUUCUUCAGAAAGAGAAUCUAUAUCCUCUCAUCAGUCAUCACGCAGUUGACAAUUGUGAGAGUGAAUGUACAGUAGGAUUCCACUCAUCAGAGUAGAUUUCCUCAGCCGGAGAGUCCAUUUCUUCUCAUCAUCACAUUAGGCAAUGGUACAGACUGAAGCAUUUAUGUCUCUUCUUGACUUUGUGUGAUCAUUCCACUCAUCAGGGGCAAGCACAGUCAUGCAUUCUAUCAAGCCAAUAUUAUCCAUCAUAAUCUGUUUGUAAAACUAGCUGUUUGUAACUCUCUGUUUAAAGCACAGUCAUGGUUUGAUGUUUAAUAGUGUUUACGAUCCAUCACAAUCUGUUUGUAAAAUGCUCUCCAAGUUCUUUCCUGAUUUUGAUGUUUAAUAGUGUUCAUGAUCCCAAUUUUUCAAAUAUUCUUCAAUCCUGCUACAGAUUGAAAUGAUCCUUAAAACUAGCUGUUUGUAGAAUGUUCUC